UAAAUAUGGUGUCACGUGACUAGCUGCCGGCUCAAAGUGAAGCUGGAGCAGCAUGUUUGUGGGAGAGGACUAUGGCUGAGCAGGAUGGAACUGUUGAACAGCGUCUCUCACAGGCAAGUUUAUUCAAGUCUCAGGGCAACACGUGCUACUCUGAACAGCGCAUCCGUGAGGCUGUGGGUCUGUAUCACCGUGCCCUCCUCCAGCUUCGUAGCCUAGACCCUCAUUUACUUAAUCCUCUGCCUGGACUGGGCCCUCCUUCAGCUGAACUUACACCUCAGCAGAUGGAGACGCUGAAAAAUCUUCAAGCAGACUGUUAUAAUAAUUUAGCAGCAUGUCUCCUGCAGAAUCAACCACCAAAAUAUGAACGUGUUUAUGAAUACAGUCUACAGACUCUAAAAAUACAGGCGGAUAAUGUGAAGGCGUUAUACCGUGCUGGUGUCUCCAGCUAUCACCUGAAAGACUAUACAACAGCCCACAGCUAUUUAACAAAAGCUGCUAACCAUCUACCCAAAGAUACAAACAUCAGACAUUAUCUACACCUGGCAGACUCCGCCAUCAGUGCUUCCCGGGCAAAGGAGAAACAGCGAUAUCAGGGCAUGUUCGACUAGUGCUUUGUAAAUUUAUGAAUGCUCUUUCUAACGAAAGUGAAAUAAAUGUAAAAAUGUUUCUUAAUCUUCUUCCAAUGGGUAACGUCUGGGGUAUUUCUUUCAGAGGUUUGUCCAUUUUCCUUCCUUCUCAGUAGCUUCUUAUGUAUUGUGGAUAUUGUUACUUGCAGUAUGAACCGUCAUACUGUGCACUAUGCACUGUAUACCAGGAGUGCUCUCCUACUUUUUGUAAAGGUGAGCUCACCUGUGUCUGCAAACCACAUGAGCAAGCAAGCCAGUUUUUUUC